ACCGAGCGAACAUUGAGCGAAACCGUGUGCAAACGAUUUAACUUGUUUUGCGCGGCGCGUCUGCCAUUCCGACCAUUGAAUGCAGCAGCAGCAGCAGUAAAAUUCGUGACGGCGUACGCGGAGAGUGACCUCGGUGUGAAAUAUAUUGUUAAUUGGUAAUAAUGGACCGUUAAUAACAUCCAAUCAGAAAUGUUCGAAUUCGUGCUAACUGUGAUGAAGGUAGCGUUCAGCACCGCGGCGUUUUACCUCAAGGCAAAGCUGCUCAAGUUAUGGCCUCCGUCCGAUCGUCCGAUAGUAACGGUACGCCAAGGAAAACUUCGCGGUGUCACGGCAACGCUACCAAAUGGAUCGCGAUACCAUUACUUUAAGGGUGUCCCUUAUGCGAAGCACCCGCUUGGGGAACUGCGGUUUAGGCCUCCGGUCCCGCUGGAUGCCUUCUCAACGCCCGUCGUCGAGUGUCUGGUGGAUCGAAGUGAUUGCAUUCAAGAGGAUUUGUUCACAAAACGUGUCGUCGGCUCGGAGAAAGGACUAUACAUGAACAUAUACACGCCUGAUUUCACCGCUGAAGUUACCAGCGAGAAACGAAAGUUUCCCGUUAUGGUUUUCAUACAUGGCGGUGGUUUUCUGGCAGGAUCCGGCAGUAGCAUUGUUUACAAUCCGAUCUAUCUGGUUCAGGAGGGGGUGAUUGCGAUCGCCAUGAACUACCGCUUGGGGCCUUUCGGAUUUCUCAGCCUGCCGGAGGCAGGAAUUUACGGCAACGCCGGACUGAAAGAUCAAUUGCUAGUUCUCAAAUGGGUUAAAGAAAACAUCGUUCAAUUUGGUGGAGAUCCCGACAACGUGACGCUGUUUGGCGAGAGUGCCGGCAGUAUUUCCGCCUAUUUGCACUACCUAUCACCCAACUCGAGAAAGUACUUCCAUCGCGUUAUUUGCCAAAGUGGAAUUCCCAGCAGCGAAACAUUUUUCCAAACAUCUGGCAGUGUAAAAGCGCGAAAAUUAGCCGAGACUCUCGGUUACGUUGGUGACUCCGACGAAGAAGCAUUGCAAACACUGCUGAAAGCACCGGCCGCUGCGCUGGUUAAAAACCAGCACAAAGUCUUGACGAGUGAGGAAAAACGAAUGGGUGUGAAAUUUGCCUUUAUGCCGGUAAUCGAAGAUCAACUCAGCGAGGAUAGUAUAAUCACCCGGACCCCCGAGGAGAUCAUGAAAACAUUCGACACAUUCGAUAUGCCCAUCAUCGAUGGGUGCAACAGCGGCGAAGGCAUCCUGUCGCUCUUUCUGAUGAGUAGCCGAAUUCAUCUGGGAAACAGCGAGCCGGAACGGUUCGUUCCCCAGCUGCUGGGGUCUUCCGAGGAGCUGGAUCGUGUUGAAUUAGGAAAAUCCAUUCGGCAGUUCUACUUCGGUGAUCGGCCGGUUUCUAAAAGCACGUACGAUCAAAUUAGUGACGUGAUGUCGGAUAAUUAUUUUAUCACCAAUUCGCUGAUCAGCGCAGAAUGGAUGGCAAAGUAUCAACCGAGAAUACCGCAUUAUCACUAUCGGUUUACCUUUGAUGGCCGGUUUAGCUUUGCGAAGCGGCUGUUCAACCAAACUCAAACCAAAGGGGCUUGUCAUGGUGAUGAUUGUUUUUACAUUUUCUGUCCCUACUUUUUACCUAACCUUCCGGAUAACAGCGCGGAAUGUCGAGUACGCAACACGUUCGUGAAACUAUGGAGUAAUUUUGCCAAAUAUGGGGAUCCUACGCCAGAUGACAGCGAGGAAACAAACGAAAGCCUAGGCGUCAAAUGGAAGCCCAUUGCUAAAAUGAACGAACAUUCUAAUGACUUUAGCUUAGACUGUUUGGAAAUCGAUACCAAUCCAAGAAUGAUUCAAAAUCCAUACCCGGAACGGAUGAAGCUCUGGAGGGAUCUGCUAAAACGGUACAGAAAAGGAUUUUUGUAAAGUGGUAAUAUUCAUGUGAUCAUAGGGUAUGUAGCGGUUAAGAAUGUUCAUUCGAUGUUCAUGUAAAUAAGGGUAGAAUUAAA